AUGUCAACAUCCUUGUCCUGGAAUGAGCUUAAAUACGAUCUUCAGCCCUGGAUUCGUAGUGCUGUGGAAGGAAUGGGAUUUGAGAGCAUGACUGCAGUGCAAGCGUCCACUAUUCCUAUGUUCUGCGGGAACAAAGAUGUAGUCGUAGAAAGCGUCACUGGCUCAGGUAAAACGGUCGCCUUUGUCAUCCCUAUCCUCGAAAAGGUGAUAAAGGAUGUACUUGAGGGCUCUCAGUUGAAAAAGGGACACUUUUACUCUCUUGUGGUCUCGCCAACGCGCGAACUAUCUAGUCAAAUACAAGGUGUAUUUGAUGCCUUUCUGUCAUACUAUCCUGGAGAAGUUUGCCCUAUCAAGUCCCAACUGCUCGUUGGAACUAGCGCUUCCUCAGUCCGUGACGACGUUAAUUCCUUCAUCGAUAACAAACCGCAGAUUUUAGUGGGAACACCAGGCAGAAUACUUGAUUUCCUGAAUUCUGUAGCCGUGAAAACAGCAUCUUGUGGUAUUGUUGUCCUAGAUGAAGCUGAUAAACUGCUAGAUGCCGGGUUCGAGAAGGACGUUGAAUCGAUUUUGAAUGUACUACCAAAACAGAGACGAACCGGUCUUUUCUCUGCUACGAUCAGCAGUGCAGGUGACCAGAUUUUCAGAACUGGUAUGCGCAACCCUGUGAAAAUCGCUGUGAAGUCUAAAGUGCAAAAUCCGGACACUCUCAACAUCAGUUACAUUGUGGUGAAACCACGGGACAAGCUUCAGUAUUUGCUGCACAUUCUCAAUCACAUUCAGUAUAAAAAAUGCAUUGUCUAUUUCCCGACAUGCACGUCUGUCACGUAUUUUUACUCUUUCAUGAAACACCUCUUACUGACAGAAAAUACUGGCACAGAGUUUGAUCUGUUCUCUCUUCAUGGGAAAUUGCAGACCACUUCGAGACUUAAUACAUUGACCAAAUUUUCUUCGGGACUGAACAAGUCGGUACUCUUGACGACUGACGUUGCGGCUAGAGGUAUUGACAUACCGGAGGUUGAUCUCGUGCUUCAAUUUGAUCCUCCGACCAGCACAGAAAUGUUCUUGCAUCGGUGUGGAAGAACAGGCAGGGCUAAUCGCGUGGGUAAAGCAAUAACGUUUUUGAAUGAAGGGCGAGAGGAGGAUUAUGUGAAUUUUCUUGAGGUGAAAAACAUCGAAAUAGACGAGAUGCCAUUGAAGAUUGACAUCAACGAGGGCCUGCCCAAUAAGUUCAAGACUUGGUUAUUAGAAGACAGGGCCAGAUUCGACAACGGUGUCAGGGCUUAUGUUGGAUUCAUUCGCUACUAUACCAAGCAUUCAGCUUCAUCAAUUUUCAGACUUCAAACACUCGACUAUAUCGGAUUGGCAAAGCUAUAUGGCCUCAUUCGCCUGCCGCGAAUGCCGGAAAUCACCAAAAAUCUGAAAAAUGACAUGAUGCCCGCGGACGGAUGGCUCAUUGAACCGCCGAUAGAUUUAGAUAACUUUGCAUAUGCAAAUCCACAAAUGGAGCGUUCGAGGCUAGAGGAACUCAAAAAGGGUAAGGAGACGGAUGCCAAAAAGAAGUUGAAAAGCGAGCUCAAGAAAAAAAAUUCAUCAUGGUCGAAUAAAACAACUGCUAAGGAUUCGAAGGGGGAAAGAAAAACCAAGCUGGCGCUGAAGAGGAAAGCCAUUGAAGAGAAAAUCGCACAGGAGGAUCAGCAAAAUGAGGGUGAAGAAGAAGAAGAUUGGAAAGAUAUGGUAAGGAAAACCAAAAAGCAAAAGACUACUUCUCAGCUCCAGGGUGACUUUUCAGAACUUUGUUGA